AUGACCGUGGCCACCGGAGAGCCGGCGGACGAGGCCGCGGCCCUCCCGGGGCACCCGCAGGACACCUACGACCCCGAGGCCGACCACGAGUGCUGCGAGCGCGUGGUCAUCAACAUCUCGGGGCUGCGCUUCGAGACGCAGCUGAAGACCCUGGCCCAGUUCCCCGAGACCCUCCUGGGCGACCCCAAGAAGCGGAUGCGCUACUUCGACCCGCUGCGCAACGAGUACUUCUUCGACCGCAACCGGCCCAGCUUCGACGCCAUCCUCUACUACUACCAGUCCGGCGGCCGCCUGCGCCGCCCCGUCAACGUGCCGCUGGACAUCUUCUCGGAGGAGAUCCGCUUCUACGAGCUGGGCGAGGAGGCCAUGGAGAUGUUCCGGGAGGACGAGGGCUACAUCAAGGAGGAGGAGCGGCCGCUGCCCGAGAACGAGUUCCAGCGGCAGGUGUGGCUGCUCUUUGAGUACCCGGAGAGCUCGGGGCCCGCGCGGAUCAUCGCCAUCGUGUCCGUCAUGGUCAUCCUCAUCUCCAUCGUCAGCUUCUGCCUGGAGACGCUGCCCAUCUUCCGGGACGAGAACGAGGACAUGCACGGCGGCGGGGUCGUGACCUUCCACGCCUACGCCAACAGCACCGUGGGCUACCAGCCGUCCACCUCCUUCACCGACCCCUUCUUCAUCGUGGAGACGCUGUGCAUCAUCUGGUUCUCCUUCGAGUUCCUGGUGCGCUUCUUCGCCUGCCCCAGCAAGGCCGGCUUCUUCACCAACAUCAUGAACAUCAUCGACAUCGUGGCCAUCAUCCCCUACUUCAUCACGCUGGGCACGGAGCUGGCCGAGAAGCCCGAGGACGCCCAGCAGGGCCAGCAGGCCAUGUCGCUGGCCAUCCUCCGCGUCAUCCGGCUGGUAAGAGUCUUUCGGAUCUUCAAGCUGUCCCGCCACUCCAAGGGGCUGCAGAUCCUAGGGCAGACCCUCAAGGCCAGCAUGCGGGAGCUGGGCCUGCUCAUCUUCUUCCUCUUCAUCGGGGUCAUCCUGUUCUCUAGCGCCGUGUAUUUCGCGGAGGCCGAUGAGAAAGAAUCCCAGUUCCCCAGCAUCCCCGACGCCUUCUGGUGGGCCGUGGUCUCCAUGACCACCGUGGGCUACGGGGACAUGGUCCCCACGACCAUCGGGGGCAAGAUCGUGGGCUCGCUGUGCGCCAUCGCGGGCGUGCUCACCAUCGCCUUACCGGUCCCCGUCAUCGUGUCCAACUUCAACUACUUCUACCACCGGGAGACGGAGGGGGAGGAGCAGGCCCAGUACUUGCAAGUGACGAGCUGCCCCAAGAUCCCGUCCUCCCCUGACCUAAAGAAAAGCAGGAGUGCCUCCACCAUCAGUAAGUCCGACUACAUGGAGAUCCAGGAGGGGGUGAACAACAGCAACGAGGACUUUAGGGAGGAAAACUUGAAAACGGCCAACUGCACGCUGGCCAACACAAACUAUGUGAACAUCACCAAGAUGCUAACCGAUGUCUGA